AUGAUGUGAUAACCAAGUACACACAAAAGAUAAGAUAAGAGCAGAGAAGAGAAGAGAAGAGAAGAAGGGCCAUGGCUACAUUUAGUGUUCCCCCGGUGCUGACUUCCCCUCGCGACGACGCUAUGCACCUCUACAAAGCUUUCAAGGGAUUUGGGUGUGAUACUGCAGCAGUUAUUAAUAUCCUUGCCCACAGAGAUGCAUCACAACGUGCUCUUAUUCACCAAGAGUAUAGAACUAUGUACUCUGAAGAGCUCCACAAGCGAUUGUCUUCUGAGCUUAGUGGUGACGUCAAGAAAGCUGUUUUACUUUGGAUGCAUGAUCCAGCAGGACGAGACGCAACCAUAAUAAAAGAGAGUUUGCAUGAAAAAAGUGAUCUCAAGACUGCUACCGAAGUGAUAUGCUCACGGACUCCAUCACAACUACAAUACCUUAAACAAAUCUAUCACUCAAUGUUUGGUCUUUACCUUGAGCAUGAUAUUGAAAAGUAUUUUAGUGGUGAUCACCAAAAGUUGGUGCGAGCAUACGUGAGCUUCCCUCGGUAUGAUGGCCCAGAAAUUGACACGGCUGCAGUUCAACAUGAUGCUAAAGCUCUCUAUAAGGCUGGUGAAAAAAGGCUUGGGACUGAUGAGAAGAAAUUCAUAGAGAUAUUUGCUGAAAGAAGCAGGGCGCAUUUGGGCGCAGUUAUUUCUGCUUAUAACCACAUGCAUAGUAAGUCAUUGAAAAAGGCAGUAAAGAGUGAAACAUCUGGGCUUUUCGAGUUUGGCCUCUUGACCAUUUUACAUUGUGCUCAGAAUCCUGCCAAAUACUUUGCCAAGGCAUUGCACAAGGCAAUGAAAGGGUUGGGGACAGACGAGGCAACACUAACUAGAAUCGUGGUGACGCGAGCGGAGAUUGACAUGCUCUACAUCAAAGGAGAGUACGCCAAGAAAUACAAGAAAACUCUCAACGAUGCGAUCCAUUCAGAAACUUCUGGCCAUUAUCGAGCUUUUCUUCUCUCGCUUAUCGGCCCCAACCAUCAUUAGGAAGGGAAGGAUUCUUGCAUCAAUGACACACCCUCGCAGCCAGGUUCUUAUUUAUGUAUAAUAAUAAGCAUGUCGUAUAUCGUGCUUCCUGCAUGUAGAUCUUGUUAUUGUCUUAUCCUUGCAUAAUAAAUGUAUGUAGAAGUGAGUUUGCAUAAUAAAUAUACUCUAGUGUAGAACCGAACAGGCUUGAGUGUGUUUGGUAAAUCAGAGAAGCUUGAGUGAGUUGGAUCAGAUGUGAGAUGCAUUCCAGUUCGGUACUGCUUGAUUGAAAAAGGGAUUUCCUUACUUAACUAAUCAUU